GAGAAAGUGAGAUUAUCAUCCAUCCAUCCAUCAAUCCAUCUUUAUUAUGGCAGCCUUCACAGUGAAUCCUAUAGUCUUUGCCAGUUGACACAGGGCAUAGGACUGAGGUACAGCCUGGAUGAGACACAAGUGUGGAUUAUUCCGGUUUGUACUGGACCUGACUCAGAACCUCAGAAUCCAGACUGAGAGCACCACCCGCAGGAUGGAAUCUGAUAUUGACUUUCCGAACACAGCACCUCUGGAGAACGUCUCUCAGGAUGACCCAGAGGUGCAGGCCUGCCUCAGCUUCGCCCUGCAUAGCUUCAACUUCUUCAGCAAAGAGCUGCACCUCUACACCGUCACUAAGAUCCACUCCGUGAAGAGGGCCAAUAUCGGUGGGGGCCAGUAUCACAUAACCACGGAAAUCACAAAAUCCCAGUGCAAGAAGGUUUUGGAGGAGAAUAAGGACUCCUGUCAGACACAGAUGUCUCCUGAAAACAAGGUGUUACACUGUGAGUUUGUGGUUUUGAGCGCUCCGUGGAAGAAGCAGCGCACUUUGAUCCGGAGCUCCUGUACCCCCGAGGCCAACACCACAUACGAUUCACAGUGACACAAAGCUCUUUCAUUGUGGAUUAUACCAAAGGCCAACCUGUCUCAGAAUGCCUCUGGUGAUAAUGAUAAAUAUUCCCUGCUUUUGUUCUGUGGAAAUUAAUCUCUGGAAUACAUGUUACGUCAAAUUAAAAUGA